AUGGCACAACUAGUUCUGUUUCUGACUUCUCUCUUUCUAGCCUCGAUCAUUGGUCUGAACUGUCGUGUUCUCGUCCCUGCAGAGUCUGAGAAAAACCCGAUAUUGAUGGUCUCUUAUGGUUUUGACAAUCAACAAGAGAUUAUCAGUCUUGAACCUCCCAAGAUUAACGAAUCUCUAACCAGAGAAGCUUGUGUACACCUAUACGGAUUCCUUCCUUGUGCAGAAAACGUCAUUGGCUAUGCAUUUCAAGUCUUCUCCUUCGGGUCAUUGCUGAUUGUUGGCGAUUACUUUUUGUCCAAGGGAAGAGCAGAACUCUUAGAUAUCUUUGAGGUCGGUUUAUAUGGUGGUAUCAUCUUCCCUCUUCUUAAAAUCUUCCCUAUAAUUGCCCUUACGCUUGUAACUGGACUAUCUACAAGCCCGGAAGUUGCUCAGUCAAUGAUUGUUGAUUUCGUUGGGGCAACGGUUGGAUCAUCGGUCUUUGCUCUGACAAUUCAGUGGGGUGCUUGUAUCAUUUUUGGUACUACGGGGGUUUUGGACACUGGUGGUGAUCAACUGGUGCAAAAGGAAAAGAAUCCAACGAAGUCAAGGCCAGGGCUGUUAAAGAGACUUCUUGAAUCAAGGGUGGAAACAGAUUCAAGAACCAAGAAAGGCGCACGGAUCAUGCUUCUCACAUUAAUACCUUUCCUCAUUGUGCAACUUUCAGAGCUAUUCAACUCGCGAUCUUGGAGACACAAUAUGGUUCUAAUGACGCUGAUAGUUUCCAGUUCCGCAACUCUUUUGCUCUUGGCUCUUUUGCUUUUAGAUACAAGUGGACAAAAGAACAGCUUGGAUAAAGCGAGGUUUGAGCUCAUGUCUGAAGUUAAAAAGAAAUUGCAGAGAUAUUCGCUUAAACGCAUUCUGAAAGAUGGGAAACUCACUAGGGAAAGCUUGAAAAAUUUAUUCGAUAAAUUUGAUAAGGAUAAUGAUGGGAAGAUGGCAAUCUCUGAACUAAAUGAAUUUACUUUGGAGUUUGGAAAACUGGGGAAACUAAAGUGUGAUAUGAAUGCGCUUGCGAAAACUGUGCUCAAAGAGUUUGAUAAAGAUGACGAUGGUAUGGUAAACGAGGAAGAAUUCGCUAAGGGAAUCACUAAAUGGCUGAAUGAAAGAAAGACCGGUUUGGUACCUUGCGCUGCCGCAGCUGUUGCUCCGAGUCUGAAGGUGGAAGAGCAGAAGAAAAGUGUUGGUUAUACAUUGAUAGCAACAGUUAAAGUCAUCACAGGAAUCUUAAUUGUUGUGUUUCUUGCAAAGCCUUUCAUGAUGAACAUAUCUCUCUUGUCUGCAUCAGCAGGAAUCCCUUCUUUUGAUGUCGCUUUUGCUGUGAUUCCAUUGUCUAGAAACCUUAAGAACGCUUUGUCUCUUCACUUCUGCGUCAAAAAAGAAAAGCAAGAAGCAGCAUCUCUCACAUUUUCACAGAUCUACAGGGAUGUUACAUUGAACAAUCUGAUGGGAAUGUCCAUCAUCUUAGCGAUCGUGUACGCGAAAGGAUUGACAUGGAAUUGCUCAACAGAAGUUCUCAUAGUUGUGUUCUUCGGUCUGAUAGUGGGCGUACCAGCAUCUAUUACUUCGACUUAUCCCUUAUGGGCAAGCUUUGUAGCAUUUGGUUUUUAUAUCAUCCCUUUUAUUCUCAUUGCUCACCGCUAUUCCUAG